AUGCCGAAAGCUAAACCCAAGAAGUCGAAGAAGGCCUCGGUGUCGAAGCCCUACGACAGCAGCACCGGCAUCAGCAGAGGGCCUCUAACCCGCGCUCGCACUCGUGCAGCUCAGUUGGAGAAGGCCCACAAGAAGACUGGCAUAACGAUCGCAAGCAAUCCCGCCCACCCCGUCCCACCCCCUCCUCCCCGUACGACGUUCGAGAACAUCCCCCUCGAUUUGCACCUGUGCAUCGCCGACCACCUCGAUUCCUUUACGGACCUCGCCUCGCUGUCCGUGGUGAGCAGGAAGUUCUACCACCACUUCCAGGACGCCUUCUGGAAGUGUCUGUCCGAAACCGAGUUCGAGGAGCGUCGGGGUCGUUACAUCUCGGCCGCCGAGUGGGCCGCCCAGAUGGGGUACCCGAACACUCUGCGGCGCCUCUUGGAUAUUGCGGGCGAGGAAGCGUUCAAGAUGCCGCCAAAGAGGGAGGAUGGAAAGGUCUGUGGCCGCACAAUGCUGGAGAGGGCGGUCGAGUCUGGUAAUGAUCGUUGUGUCGUGUUGAUCAUCGCCAGGAGCAGGGACUUUGACAUUCCGGAUGAAUAUUUCACCUGGAGAGGUGCGUUCUAUCUUGCCAAGAGCCACAAGAUCUUUUCGCUGUUGGCGGAGGAGGCGUCUUCAAGAUUGGCGAUGCGUGGGUUUCGGUAA